GGGGAUUGCAGUAGUGUUUAUCGUGUCAUAUAUGAUAAAACAAGACCCGCCUGAUCUUCUUUACGUUGCACAAGAAAAGGAAAAAGGUUUCCAAUAAUGUAAUGGUGUUCUAAAGCCUCACAACUUGUGUCGAUAGUUUGUGUUUCUCUGGAUCUGAAAUGGUAUAUUCUGUUCAGUGGAGUCGUCCUAUUCUAUAUAGGAUGUCAAAAUCUGAUGGGAGCUUAGUGGGAUUGUAACAGGAUUGAACGGAUCCUAAUAGGAUUGCAUGAUCUUAUUUUUUAAUCAAUCUGCAUGAUUGUAUUAAUCCUACCAACCCUGCAGCUUCAUAUCUAUCUUCCUCAUCAUGGCCAGUGGGCAGAAACCAAAAGGGCUCAACAAGUCAUGUUUUCUCCUCAUAGGUUGUUAUAUUUUUAUCUUCUUGACGAGUUCUUAGAUUUUCCCUGAUGAAUAACUGAUCAGUUUUAUGCUAGAACAUGAACAAUCUGCUAGAAAGGAUGUUAGUUGAUUUGAAUUCAUUAUGUUUUUUCCGUUUUGAUAGUGAUAGCUGGUAUGGAAAGGUUUGCAUUCAAAGGGGUGGCAUCAAAUUUGGUAACUUAUCUUACAGAUGUGGUUAAGAUGAGCAACUCUGCUGCAGCCAAGACUGUUAAUAAUUGGUGUGGAUUCACAUCCAUGUUACCACUUCUAGUUGCAUCGCUUGCUGAUUCAUGGGAUCGGGACUUGUGGCAUUGACAUCAACAGCAUUGUCUUGGGCAAGGCAUCCCACCAACAAAAUAAGCUCCUCAUACCUGUUUUGGUCGCUCUGUUUGAUUUCUCUAGGACAAGGUGGAUAUAACCCAUCUUUACAAGCCUUUGGAGCAGAUCAAAUUGCGAACGAUGAUGAGCUGCCGAGCACAAAAGAUGAGCAGAAAUCAAAUAAGAAGAGCUUAUUCUUUCAGUGGUGGUAUUUUGGGGUUUGUGGUGGCAGCCUUGCAGGUGUCACAGUCAUGUCCUAUAUCCAAGACACAUUUGGCUGGGUACUCGGAUUUGCAAUUCCUACAAUCGCAAUGGGAGCAUCAAUUUUACUGUUUUGGUGUGGAAGCAGAAUUUAUGCAUACAAACAGGAUGAUGCCAUCUCUGAGAGGCCUUCGCGGGACAUAGUUCGAUCCAUUAAGGAAGCUCUUUCGAAAUUGAUGAAUAGCAGAAUCACCUUACCAAACAACAAUCCUGGAGUUGUUGAGCUGGAGCUUCAAGAAAAACCUCUUUGUCAGAAUUCGGGCAAUGCCAAGGGAUUGAAGGAGGAACCCUGCAGUGGUAUUAACUACCUAGUUGAAAAUGGAAAAGUAGUAUUAAGGCUUUUGCCGAUAUGGACGAUGCUGCUAAUGUUUGCAGUCAUCUUUCAGCAGCCUGCCACAUUCUUCACCAAACAGGGAAUGACAAUGAAGAGGAAUGUAGGCAGCAGCUUCAAGAUCCCACCAGCUACACUACAAAGUGCUAUUACAGUUUCUAUAAUCCUCCUGAUGCCAUUUUAUGAUGCGUUGCUGAUCCCAUUUACUCGACUGAUUACUCGCGACAAAAAGGGUAUCAGUGUGACUCAAAGAAUGGGUAUCGGGAUGGUACUGUCCAUAAUAGCCAUGGUCAUUGCUGCAUUGGUUGAAACAAAAAGACUCGAAAUCAGCAGAAAAAUGGAAGUUCUUGAUCCAAAAUUGGAAACAGAAGUUCCUUUAAGCAUAUUUUGGUUGCUGCCUCAGUACAUUCUGCUUGGCAUCUCUGACAUCUUCACUGUUGUUGGGAUGCAAGAGUUUUUCUAUAGUGAAGUUCCUGUAAGAAUGAGAACAAUGGGAAUUGCACUAUACACUAGUGUAUUUGGGGUGGGAAGCUUCUUGAGUGCCCUGUUGAUUUCACUAGUAGAAUAUUUCACAAGCUCAAGAGGCAAAGGGCGGAGCUGGUUCUCUGAUGACAUGAGAGAAGCCCGUUUCGACAAAUACUAUUGGCUUCUAGCCUUGUUAAGUGUACUCAGCUUAGUGUUUUAUGUUAUUUUCUGCAAAUGUUUUGUAAGCAGAAGCAGUGAUUUGGAUAAUGAGAACUAGGCAAGGGGCAGAGCUGGUUCUCUGAUGACAUGAUAGAAGCCCGUUUCGACAAAUAUUAUUGGCUUCUAGCUUUUUAAGUUAA